UACGAACCUAUGGCCCUAAACAUAUUAUUGAUUUGGUGCGAUACUGCCAGGACGUUGCUUACCUUCAACUGGUCGUCGGAAUGGAAGGAGCUUUUGGCCCUUCCGCUUUAGCAGACAUGCCUAUUCCUACACGUUGCUACCCUGGGUAUAUUUCUUUACUUAGCUUGCACUUUUUGCUAUACUUCGGACCGAGAGCGGAGCGUGCAUUCAACUUUCAGGAUAACUAAGUGAAAGAUGGCAGCAGGGUGCUUUAAUUGGUAUCGGAAAAGCAAAAAUUCAUCACGGGGUCAUACCCAACCAUCUCGCGCGGAGUUUAGUUCGGCAAAGGCGCUAAGUACUGAAAGGGGCGAGCAGUGCCCACCUUCGAUUUCGCCACCCCACGGGAUUAAGACUCCUGAAGAUGGUGCUACGCACCCCAGCGGGGUACACGCCCACACAAUUCGGACUGGAGUGGUUAGCUUGCGUGACCCCAUAUCUUUGCGCGACUCGCUCAUCCUGUCAAGCACGCCGGAGAUAGUCACAAUUGUUACACAGAGCGGGUAUAAAUGUUUAUACCAGAACCCAGCGUCAAUUGCUUGGCUCGGCUCUUGCGUGGAGCUUGAAGGCGUCUCCGAGGAUGGCAGCGUGGGCAUCUUGGUGGACGCCCAGCCAAAGGUCUCAGCUGACAAUAAUGUAUUAAAUGCCAUUUUUGCGUACGAUAUGGAGAAGCUAUACAUCAUGCUGGAGGAGGUAGUCAUGGGAGAGGGUGUUUGGAAAGGUGUUAUUCGCGUGCAGGCUCAGUCGCAGGACACGCAGGGCCACGCACCCGCGACCUGUGGCUCUGCUGGCCGCGCCGCCGGAGAGUGUCAGCUGCCGUUGACUCCAUCAGGCAUCUCCUUGCACGCCGGUGUGAGCUGCGAUGGGACAGGCACAUCAAGCCUGCGUACCUCCCGACCCAAGUCCCUGGCCCCAUUCUUCCAAUCAGAGUCCUCCUGUCCCCAACAUGCGGGCGGCUCAGCAGCUGCCGGUGGCGAGUUCGGCGGCAAACCUGCAGCCAUAGCUUCCACGCCUGGCAUGGUGCCCAGCACUGAGGGAAGAGCGCAGGCUGGGUUUGAGCUCUCCGGUCUUGAUGUGUUGGAUGCGGCGGCACUUGCACUUCCCGGCGGUGAUGGCUCCUCCCUCAUGAGCGACAAGGGCUGGGGUGACUCUGACCUUGCAGCCAUAACGGAGCCGAGGAGGCGUAGUUUGGAACGUCCCGCGGCGGCAGGCAGCAACACCAGCAUGUCAGUGGGCGCUGCGAGCCCAGACGGCUACGAGCCCCGCUCCAUCCAGCGUCCCAGAAGCGCUGUCUGCAUCCCUUUGACCGCCGGCACUAGCACUCGCCUUGGGCCCCAACGCCGUAGCUUCUGCCUGCCCAACACGCAUCACAGCCAGGGUUCACUAUCUCCGAUACCAUCUUCAUCCAUGCUUCCCAUCCUUCACUGCCCCCAAGUCGACGCCAUGCAAGCGCCGCACCCUCCGCCGGUGCUGCUGCAGCUCCUGGGCAGCGGGCAGCCGACCCAUCGGGGCCUGCAGGACUCCGGAGCCAUCAUGGUGCUGUCAACGACCGCAUGCGAGGAAGCGGAUAACAACGAUGACCCGGCUCUCACAAUGGUGACCCGGCCUGUCACUAGGUCCUUGCGCCCUUCAUCUGAACCCCUGGGCGCAGUGAGGCCCCUGGCGCCGCUCCCACCUCCCGCACCCAGGGUCCUGUCCAGGCAGGGGCUGGUGCAGCCGGCGGCCAAUGCGGAGGGCACGGGAAUGCCGCGGGACAGCGACGGCGGGUCGUCUGCUUACUCGGGGUCUCUUGCAGUCUGCGCCAUCGGCACCCCGAGCCCGCUGGAUGGCAAUGGAGGCGGCGGCAGCGCUGUUCCGGGCAGUGGUGGCAGUGCUGCGAACAGCGGCCGCGGCGGUGGCGGCACUCGCGACGCUGACCAGGGCAGUGGAGGCAACACCGGUGGCAGCAGUGCCGGGGGCGGCGGCAGGGACUACAGGGGCAGGAGUGGCGGCGGCGCUAGCGACUGCGCCGCCGCGAACUACAGCGGUGAGAUUGCAUGCAGCAGCAGUGGCGGCGGCAGUCGUUCACGCUCCAGCUUCCGAGCGAUGCUGGGCAGGAUCUUGAGCCGCAGCAUUCGCGACUUGGGCGGUGGCGGCGGCAGGACGGGCAGCGUCAGCCCAGCCAGCCUGACGUGCGUCGGCGACUCGGGGGCAGUGGCAGCAGCUUCACUAACAGCAUCACCUAGAGCCUCGUUUGUCACGAGUGUCGGCUGCUAUGAGUGCGACGCUGCAACCAAGUGCGACCUGACGCCGCCGCAACCAAGACGUGAUGCAGCAGCCCACUCGCCGCCGCCGCCGCUAUCAUCCCAGACGAGUGCAACCCAGGCCCACACGCCACGCGUGCGCAUCUCCGCUUCUCGGCCAGUGGACUUGGAGGUGGAUGGCGCGUUGCGGCAGCCGAGUCAGGGGCGUCUGCCGGUUCGCCGCAUCCAAUCCAGUCGGCCCUUCCGAGCCGCCGUCGCAUCCUCCUCGGGCGCGCCUGCAGCAGAGGGAGUCGUCACGUCUUGGUUCGCACAGGAGUCAGCCGACUCGGCCACUGCUGCUCCAGUACGCCCAAGCACCCUGACGGGACUAGUGACGGCCUCGCGCCCAAGCCUCAGCGGGCGUUCCCUACACGCCAGCCGCAGUUUCAUUGUGUCGUCCUCCCCCGCAAGCGUUACGCCGCUGCCAAUGCCUUCAUUCUCGCACGCCGUGGCGUUUGCAGGCAGCCUCCGUGCCGCGCCGACGGCCGCCUUGGCUCUUGCCGUCGGCACUUCGUCUGCUAAGCGGCGGUCGAGCCUGGCAUCGGAAGGUGCCAACGCUGGCGUGUACGAAGGGGCGAGGACGGCAGGUGGUAAUGGUGGUAGUGGAGUGUACGGCAUCGGCGGUAUGUCAUGCAGCAGCAGCGGCACGGCAUCAGGCACAACAGUGUCAGACGUCGUCAAGCUCUCUGGGGCGAAUGCUGUACAGGCAUCUGAGCAGACUCCACCGCGCCACCGGCUGAGUCGCGUGGGCGUUGAGGGUGGUGAGUUAGGAGCAGCAGCCUGUCGGGCAGUCGUGCCGCAGGCCACAGUAGCCCCCCAGUCGUUAGGCAGCGUGAUGGAACUCCCCAGCUCGCCUUUUGCUACCGAGGCCGCCGCUGCCGCCGUUAUUUCCUCCUCCUCGUUUGCCUUUCGGGCGCAUUUCGACACCAAUGAUGGACACCUGCCCAGCUCCGGGCCUGCAGCGGCUGUCAGUGCGGCUUCUGCUGCUUCUGCUGGUCAAAGCCAGGCAGCGACGGCGCCACCUCAACUCGCCUCUGUGUACCGUACGACCAGCCUGGCCGCUGCUUCACAGGGAGGUGGUGGUCGCGGCGGGGCGCCUCCCGUCAUCACGACAGUGGAGAUGUUAAGCCGCAAGAUGUCAUCGCUGCUCGAGUCAGUGACGCCGUUUGGAGAGUGUGGUGCCGCGGUCGCUGAGGGCGCAGCUGGGGAAGUAGCAGCAGGGCAGCAGCAGGAGGUGUAUCAUGAGGUGUGGGCGCGGCGGGCGGUGGAUCCCAUCCUGGAUGAGGACGUCAUCAUUAUCACGCAGCAAGACGUGACGGCUCGGGUGCUUGCGGAGCGGCACCUGGGUCUGGUCAUGGAGACGGAGCACCGCCUGCUGGAGCAGCUCUACCCGCGCCACAUCCUGAAGGGCAUUGUGGAGGACUGGGCGACUGAGUUCUCGCAGAAGCAGGCGGGGGGCGCACCCAGCCAGAUGAGGCCGGGGGUGCGGGAUCCGUACUCCGUGGCUACCUGGCAUCCCAGGGUCACGCUCCUUUUCGCGGAUGUGGUUGGCUUCACGCCGAUGUGCAAGGAGGUGGAGCCCCGGGCGGUCAUGCACAUGCUCAACGCGCUGUUCAGCCGCUUCGACUCCCGGCUGGAUGAGUUUGGCGUGUUCAAGGUGGAGACGAUUGGGGACUGCUACUUCGUCGCUGGCGGGCUGGUUGACACGGAUGAGGACGGCAUGGCGAACGUGUGCAAGCGUGACGGAACCGUGAACGCCAGUCGUGACGUGCGGCGUGUGUUUGGGUUUGCAAAGGAGAUGCUGGCGGCAGCACGGGAGGUCAAGAUGCCGACCACGGGCCAGCCGGUCAAGAUCCGCAUUGGCAUGCACACGGGCCCUGUGGUCAGCGGCGUGGUGGGAACCCGCAUGCCGCGUUUCUGCCUCUUUGGCGACACCGUCAACACCGCUUCAAGGAUGGAAAGCACCGGUGUCCCGUGCUCCAUCCACGUGAGCGAGGCGACGUACGUCUUCCUGCAGAACGAGGAAGGAUGGCAACCCACGGGCGGCAUAGAGGUGAAGGGCAAGGGGCACAUGAAGACAUACAUCAACUCCCCUCGAGUACCAUAACUUUCCACGGAGAGGUAACCGUUUCCGUACUUACAUUCAACGCGUAUUACUUUGUACUGAUGAGGCCUUUGCGGGUGUUAUGAAAGCAUGUCUGCGCAAGGUUUACCAUCGUUCCUUCUGAAUAAUGACAACAAAGGACAACAUAAUGGGGUAUGCAUGUACACGUCUGUAAGUACUUGAUGGCGAUUAUGGUACGUAAUUUUCAUGUGCCUCCCUGUGCCACUUUCUGGCAUACACUAAACUACUCUAGGG